UUCUCCUGAUAGUUCGGUUGUCAAAAUUUCAAAUGGCAUCGCUAGAAAGUUUUGUUAAUCAUACCGUUUCAAUAAUAACUUCAGAUGGUCGAAAUAUUGUGGGUACAUUAAAAGGAUUUGAUCAAACUCUAAAUGUUAUAUUAGAUGAAAGUCAUGAAAGAGUUUAUAGUACCAAUCAAGGUAUUGAACAAGUUGUAUUAGGCCUGUAUAUAAUACGUGGAGAUAAUAUAGUACUUAUUGGAGAAAUUGAUGAUGAUAUUGAUAAAAAUUUAGAACUUUCAAGUAUAAAAGCUGAGCCUUUGAACCCCUUAGUACGAUGAUUGUAUCCUAUAUUAAAUAAAUGUAAAUAAUAAUUGUAAAUUAUAUAAAUAUUUAAUAAAUUACUGGACUAUAUAAAUAAAAAUAUGGACU